AUGAUAAAGAAGUAUUGGAUUAUAGAUAUCUAUGUGUCCGUAUGCAAUAAAGUUCUCUUGCAUAUCGCCGUUGUGGGCUAUAUAGCAUUGGGACUGCUCUACGCCGACUUGAACGAAUAUGUUUCCACCGAGUUCAGAUCCCAACUGGAGUCCCUGGAAGACAAGCCCACCGGUCGGAAACUGAGGAAGGCCCGCAAGAACUUGGACAAGUGUUUGAGCCUUUACAAAGACGUGCAAUCUUUGACAUUCAUGUUUCAAAGGAUAUACGACCUGAUGCUACUUUUUAGCUUGGGGCAAUCAUGCAUUAAAGUUGCCUUGGCCUCUUACAGUACCUUUAUCAUUCUCGAUAUUAGCUUGCCAUGGCUGUUGUCAAAGAUCUCUUUUGAAAUUCUAAAUAUGUUGCUUUUGACCUUAUCAGUGCAAAGGACAAAACUUCAGUUCGGAAAUAUCCAUAGACUGGUGUUAGAGAAUUGUCAUCUAAGUGAAAAUAAGGAGUGGCAUAGAACUCUGGAAGUGUUUUUCACCCAUCUGAAUCUCUACGAAUUUCAAGUUCGUCCAUUGGGCUUAUUUGAAAUAUCCAAUGCACUCUUGGUGAAUUUUCUCUCGGCCUUGAUUACCUAUCUUACCGUCGUCAUUCAAUAUGGAAUGCAGCUGGAUAUUAUAUCCUUAACGAACUAA